AUGGAAGAAGAUAAGAUUCAACAAUGGUCUGUGAACAAGUUAUUGGCUGGUUUGGAGCGAAUCGUUUCGAAAGAGGUGAUUUUUGUUUGAAAGUGAAGUUUUUUAUGAUACAUUAAUUUCAGAACGUUCCUUCUCUCUCGGAGAAUCAAUUAGAGCGAUUCCGAGAGAAUGGAGUGUUGACAAAUGGAGAGGCUCUCGACUUCUUCAAAUUCGUUCAUAAAAAAUCUGGAAAUCAGCUUCAAAAGUUCGGAACACCGAAAGAAAUGUUGGAUUCGUUGGCUGAUAUGCGAUUUGCUACCAGAUAUUAUUGGUACAAAAACAAAAACACAUUCUUUACCAAAGAAUUCCUGGAUGCUACAAUUGUUGUUCCAUUUGGCGAUGAAAAAAGCAAUCGAUACAUUCCCAAAUUUGAACUUGUGCCAGAGUUAUACGCAUUGUCUUCUCGUAUUUUCAUCACGAAUAUAGAGGACAUGACAAAUGUUAGCCGUAUGUUUAUCGAAUCGUUUCUUAUUUCACAAGCCAAUUAUCUGCUCAAAAAACACGAAGAUUCUUACGAUUUCACUUCUCAUGAACCUUGGUUGGCUUAUGUAAAAUAUUUGAGAUCACCUAGACAGGUUUGUUUUCUGUCUUCCCAUUUCUUUUUGUCAAGUAUAAUUUAUGUUUUCUCAGGUCUCCUUUGAUAUGAAACUUCCAAAAAUCGUCAAAGAAGAAGAUUUCUUGAAAAUUCGAGAUAACUUUUAUGAAAACACCAAACAUCUUUUCGAUGAAGUCUUUGAGAAGUUCAAAUCAAUGAUAAACGUCAAACCAAUCAAGGAAAAUCAAGAAUUUUACCAUAGAAGUUAUCGAAUUGCAAUGGCAUCUACGAUGCUUUCGAAACAAAUUGAAGAAACUUUUAUGGUUUUCAGAGAUGACAUCGUUAGUUUUCAGUGAAUCAUAAAUCAAUAAAGAAUACUUUUCAGAACAGCGAAGUCCCAUUGAUUCGACUUUUCUUGAGUGAAGAUGAAAUUUUCGUGAUUCCACAUGAAGUUAAAAAAGCCUUGUAUGUUAUUUUGCGAAAAAUGGAAAUCCCACAAGUUGAUUUGUCGAUGCUUAUUCCGGAGGAAACAAAAGACGAGAGAAAACUUGGUAUCGUAAAUACAAUGACAUUUGAUCAAUUCAACACUCUUUUGACAUUCAUUAAAAUUGGAUUCCAACAUUUUAAUGUGAGUUAUAAGCAGGGGUGCCGUUUGGGCACCCACAGGGCACCCUAAUACCCACAGUUCGGCGGGUACACCCGGGUGGGUAUUUUCAUUGAAAAAUGACAGAACGGGUGGGUAUACCCGGGCCCACCCAGAUACCCAUAAUGGGUAUUCGUAUUUGAUUUUUCGUACUAAUUUAUUUUCGAAAUUUUUUUGGAAAUUGUUUUUUUUUCAUGCAAAGUGGUCAGUUACAUGAAAAAUUGGUCUAAUAUGUAGAGAAAUUUCAAAAAAUCAGCUUUUUCUAAAAAAUUUUACUAUUUUUUGUGUUGUAAACACACAAAAGACUUUCUAUAAGUUGAGUAUGAGCACAUAUUCUCUCAAAGGUUGAUUUUAUCACAAACUCUUUCAUUUUUAUGUAGUUUGUGGUCGAAGUAAAACAUAUUCUAUCUUUUUCUACAAUAUAAUGCAUUUUAAGUUAUUUUAGAAGUCAACAAAAUCGGUAAAAUAUAAUUUUAUCGAUCGUUUUUGUUGCAUAUUAGUUUUUGAAUCAAAAGUCACCCAUGUUUUAGCUGAACUCGUCCAAUAACAUGGAUAAUAGCUAAACAAAACAAAAAAACCAAAAAAUUGCAUCAUACCCAAGGGUGCCCUAAGGGUGCCCACACCCAACCCGGGUAUUUGACACCCAGGUCGAUGGGCCUCAAUACCCGGGUAUUUUUCGAUUUACCCGGGUGGUGGCCGGGUAUACCCAGGUAUCAGCGGCAGCCCUGGUUAUAAGUAUUCCCUCAAAUUAUCAACUAAAUGAUUUAUAGGUGAUUCGAAUCGAGUUCCGCAAAAGUUUAUACGACAACAAUCUCCCAGUUUAUUCCACUUUUGGAACUCCAAUCAAACCAAUCAAGGAUUCUUUCGCUGAUAUUAUUCACUUCAUAACUGUUGUUUUGAAAGUAACAAACAUUCCAAAAAUUGUUGAAUUCAUAGAUGGAUUGGAAAUUUUCAAAAAAUUGAAAGAUUAUCCCAAAACCGUUCAUGACCUUGUCGCCGGAAAUAAUCCUUUCAAAACUCAAAAACUGAGUAAUUGUAUUGAAACAUGGAAAAUCGAUGAGGUAAUGGAUCAAGCCAGAAAACAUUUUGCAACCAUUCAAAAACGAACUUACGAAGUUCCACAAAAAUCAACAUAUUCAAGAAAAGAACUCUUCGAAGAAGUUGAAAAACUUGGUGCUCCAAAAAUGAACGAAGAUCCGGAAAUUGACAAGAAGAUUUUGGAAUUAAUUGGAACUUUCUCAAACAUCGAUUAUCGGCGAAUUUAUCAAGUAUAUUAUUCGCGAAUUCGUAUGGAAGUCGAAAAACGAAGUAUGAAUAUGAAGAAAAUUCAGAAGAACUUGACGGAAUUGGCGGAGAAAAAUAGUAACUUCGUUGGAAGAAAAGAAGAUAUUGAUAGAGCAAAUGCUCAACUUCUCGAAAUUCUUCAGUGAGUAAUUGAAAAAAAAUAAUUUUUUCUAAUCUAAUUUUUUUAGCCUUACACUUUCGCAUUUUUCAAACAACUCCUUCAAACCAAUGUCGGAAUUCGAAAAUGUUCUCAAAAAGCAUUUUCGUAGCAGUUUUGAUGAUGAUUCAUGGAGUUGUAUUCCGAAGGUAACAAUUUUGCUGACAAGUUGUCAAUUACAAAAUGCUGAUUUUUCAGAUUUUCAAAACACGAGAAAUGCUCAAACCUCUCGAAAAAUUCUUCGAUUUCAAAUAUGAGAACUACGCAUAUUAUUUCAAAAAGAAGAAUGUUCUUGAAGUUGACCCAGUUCAACAAAAACUUCUUCAAGCAAUCGAAGAAUAUGAAAAAGUAAAAUCGAAAAGUGGCAAAAAAUUGGAAGAUAAGUCGAAAAAGGUUGAUGAAAUGCGGAAAACUAUUGAUGUUUUGCAAGAUGCUUUGAAAAAUGUUGAGAAUCCUGAUAAAACUGCGAAGAAAUAUCAAGAAGAAAUCGACAAUUUGAAAAAGCAAUCGAAACUCAGAGAUGAGAAAAUUCAAAAGUUAUCAUCAGAAAAUAGUGGAAAAUCUCAAUCAAAGAAGAAAUGCAAUAAUUUGGAUGAAGUGCUUGAAAAAUAUCGAAGAUAUUCACAGAUAAAUUUCAAAGAAAUCAUCUCGAACAUCAAAAAGUUGUCGGAAAAGAAUCCAAAUUCUAUUGAAAUCCUCACCGCAAAAUUGGAAGUUUUGAAAUUUGAAGAAAAUUUUGGAUCAUUCUCUGCAAAAGUUUCGAAGCAAUUCGAGAAACUCAAGAAACUUCCAAAUGUUAAAUUUGAGGAAUUGGAAGAAGAAGAUGUAGACGAAUUUCCAAGUGAAGAGUUUAUGGAAAAAUAUAACAAAUGGAUGCAAGAGUAUAAUAUUUAA